AUGUCAUCAUCUGCUCCUUUUGAUCCAUAUGCUCUAUCCGAGCAGGAUGAAGAGCGACCCCAGAAUGUCCAGUCCAAGUCCAAAACUGCUGAACUACAAGCUGAAAUUGAUGAUACUGUAGGAAUAAUGAGAGACAACAUAAAUAAAGUGGCUGAAAGAGGUGAAAGAUUAACGUCCAUUGAAGAUAAAGCCGAUAAUUUGGCAGUUUCUGCGCAAGGUUUUAAGAGAGGUGCCAAUAGAGUGAGAAAAGCAAUGUGGUACAAGGAUUUAAAGAUGAAACUGUGUUUAGCCUUAGUCAUCAUCAUAUUACUUGUUGUGAUCAUCGUGCCCAUUGCAGUUCACUUUAGUCGAUAG